AUGGAUGACCUUUCCCAAUACACCAAUCGCAAAUUGCCUUGGUCACCACGAACAACCGAUUUCAAUGAAAUCGCUGCACAUCCAUACAAAGGAGAAGGCACAAAAGGAUCUCCUUUCCAAGUCGUUUGGCUACCGAAUGAUGCUGAAAAUCCCCUCAAUAUGAGCGAAAUAGAAAAAUGGACUUUAGCUGCGUUUGUCAGUAUUGCAACAUUGGCUGUAGCGUUGGCAUCUUCCGCAUACAGCGGUGCGGUAAGAUCGAUCAAGAUGGAAUUAGGAGGCUCAAGUACAGUGAUUACUCUAGGAGUUUCUCUGUUUGUCUUGGGUUUCGCUUUAGGUCCUUUAAUUUGGGCGCCUUUAUCGGAAUUGCUUGGAAGACGUAACCUGUUCCUUUUCACAUAUGCAUUCUUAACGCUUUGGAAUUCAGUUGCAGCCGCAAGUCAAACCUUAGCUCAACUUUUGGUAUUUCGAUUCUUAGCAGGCGCUUUCGGUUCAAGUCCUUUGGCCAAUGCUGGAGGAAGUAUCGCAGACGUUUUUACCGCCAAAGAACGUGGUUUAGCAAUGGCUCUCUUUGCCAGCGCACCUUUCUUAGGUCCUGCUUUAGGACCAAUCACAGGAGGCUUCCUAGGUGAAUCAGCAGGAUUUCGAUGGGUUCAAGGAUUUUUAGGUAUAUUUUCUGGCGUUGUACUGUUUUUAGGCAUUUUCAUGUACAGAGAGACGUAUGCCCCUCUCUUACUCCGACGUCGUGCAAAAAAAUUGAGCAAGGCUACUGGAAAACACUACAUCUCUCAACUAGAUGCAGGAAAAGGCGAUGAAACAUUCCUCAAGCAAUUCAUGGUUUCUCUUGGCAGGCCUUGGCUGUUAUUGGCAUAUGAACCAAUCGUGUUAUUGUUAUCACUUUACACUGCAGUCGUGUAUGCAAUCCUUUAUUCCUUCUUUUCAGCUUUCCCAAUCGUGUUUCAAGAAGUACGUGGAUGGUCACCAGGAAUUGGAGGAUUGGCUUUUUUGGGUAUUUUGGUCGGAAUGAUAUUUGCUUUUGCAUUUGUGAUCUUUUAUAUCAAUCCCGACUACAUCAAGGAAGUCGAAAAGAAUGGUGGAUUCUUUGCACCUCCAGAAGUUCGAUUAAAAGGUGCUUUGGUCGGAGCUCCACUAUUGGUUCUUGGAUUGGCUUUAUUCGCUGCAACUGAUUUCCCAAGCAUUCAUUGGUCUGUUCCUAUCAUUUUGAGUAGUCCAUUUGGAUUUGCCAUGGUAUUGAUCUUCCUCAGCUUGCAAAAUUAUCUUAUCGAUGCAUAUUUGCUGUAUGCAGCUUCAGUCUUGGCGGCCAACAGUGUCAUUCGUUCACUCUUAGGAGCCGCUUUCCCACUCUUUACGCCUUUUAUGUACAACCCUGGCGGUAUUGGUGUGGUAAAGUAUGGUAUCCACAUUGGUCCUGCAAUCGGUGGUGGAAUUGCCUUGUUGUUCUUGCCUGCACCUUUCUUAUUCUAUAAACGAGGAGCAGCAAUUCGUAAAAAGUGCAAGUAUGCUGCUGAAGCUGAUAAAUUGCUCCAACGUAUGUUAAACGCAGGCAAAGAACAAGAAUCAAAAGAGAGCGCCGUUCAACAAGAACAGCAAACAGAUGAAGCCAUCAUGCAAGACGAUGAUGUCGAACAAGCUGAUGACCGUAUUCAAAGACAUGCAAGUCGAUCAAAUCGACGCCAAGCGAGUGGUACAGGAUACGCAGACGGUGAUCAAUUAUCUAUGCAGUAUAGUCAUCACUCGGUGUAUUAAUGGAAUCACGUGUAAUUUAAAUGUAUAUUGGAAUACUUGUUUUUUGCUUGUAAAUCUCAGGAAUAUCAUCAUAUCUAGAAUAAGAUCCUCUCGGCAAG